CUUUGGUGAAUCGAAAAUAUACCGCAUGUGCGGCUAUUUAAUAAGGGUAAAAAGCAAACUUGAAAUAAUAAUUCAGUUAAUUUGAAUGAGCUGAGCAGUUACGGUUCCUUCUUCUCGGCCACAUGGUGUAUCGCCAACAUGGUCAACAUACCUAAGCAAAGGAAGACAUUCUGCAAGUCUUGUAAGAGACAUCAGCAGUUCAAGGUGACCCAGUACAAAGCUGGGAAGGCCUCACUGUAUGCACAAGGAAAGAGACGUUAUGAUCGCAAGCAGAGCGGGUACGGAGGUCAAACAAAGGUCGUGUUCAGGAAGAAAGCUAAGACUACUAAGAAGAUAGUGCUGAGAAUGGAGUGCACCACGUGUAGGAAGAAGAAGCAAACAGCCAUCAAGAGGUGCAAACACUUCGAGUUAGGAGGAGACAAAAAACGAAAGGGACAAAUGAUCAUGUUCUAAGAACUGUUGGAUUAUUAUUUCUGUUUUAUGAUGAUUGUAUGCACCUCAUAACUGUUUUGAUGAUGCCACAACACUG